AUGUAGGGCGGGGGGUGAGACACGGGCCUCGUGGGCGUAGCGCGAGGCCAGGCCCGAGGGCAAGGUGCAGGGGCACUAGGGGCCUCAUUCAGCCCCCUGGGCUCGUGGCUGGGCCUGUGGUUCUCAGCCAGGGGGUUGACAGCACCCCGGAGUGCAUGGAGGUCCUUGGCACGGUUCGGAGCGCAAACCAGACUGGCAAGAGAAACCCGGAGAUUUCACAUAGGAAUCCGCAGCCACGGGGCUCUCUUGAGCUCUUGGCGGCAGCAGUCGCCGCCGAAUUGCUCUCUUAUUUUGAAAAAUCUUGAGUUUAGAGAACCCAGGCCCUGCUGGAGCCCAGCAUCUCGCUGCCACGUCGCUCAGAAACCAAGAGCUGGCCUUUUCCAAGCAGCCCCUCCAGUGUAUGGAGGGGCUCCUGGAGCCUAAGAAAAAGGUUGAAAACCGCCAGCCUACCUCUUGACAUCAGUGUUGACACCGACUGGUCUACAAGGCAGACUUGAAGUAACUCAUUCUGCUAUUAAAGGCACGAGGAAACAGGCCCUUGGGAAUUGACGAGAGCCGGCUAUUCCUAUAAUCACUGAGCAUUGCCUGGUGUUAUGUACAGGAUCUCAAAGCACUUUACAAAGCUGAGUGAAUGUCACUAUUGUACAGAAGGGGAAACAGAGGUGCAGGAUUGACAUGACUAACCCAAGAUUCUGACCAUAAAAUGAGCCAGUCACCUGACAUAAUGUCCCUACAGAUUAUAUCAACUGUUAAUAAUUCAACUUUGAUUCAACCAGGCUUUUCUCUUCUGAAUUUUGAUGGGCAAGUCUUCUUUUUUGGACAGAAAGGCUGGCCAAAGAGAUCCUGUCCCACAGGCGUUUUCCUCCUUGAUUUAAAAAAGAAUGAGAUGAAACUGAAGCCUGCUUUUUUUUCUAAGGAGUCCUGCUACCUUCCCCCUCUCCGCUACCCUGCCACCUGCAUUCUUGAAGACAGUGAAGAGUCUGAGAAAUGUCAAUACGUCAUCCAUGGUGGGAAAACACCAAAUAAUGACCUUUCCAAUAAGAUCUAUGUUAUAAGUAUAGUAAGUAAGUCCAGCAAGAAGUGCACUUUUAAAUGCACUGAGAAAGAGUUAGUUGGUGAUGUCCCUGAAGCUAGGUAUGGCCAUACAGUUAAUACAGUUCAUAGCCGAGGUAAAAGCAUGACUGUUAUAUUUGGAGGAAGAUCAUAUGUCCCUUUUGGACAAAGGACCACUGAAAAAUGGAAUAGUGUGGUAGACUGUAUGCCUCAUGUGUUUUUGGUGGAUUUGGGGUUUGGAUGCUGUACCUCGUAUGUCCUUCCUGAGCUUCAGGAUGGACUUUCUUUCCAUGUUUCCAUUACUAGAAAUGAUACUAUCUAUAUCUUAGGAGGUCAUUCCCUUGAAAAUAACAUUAGACCUCCCAACCUGUACAGAUUAAAAAUUGACCUCCCACUAGGAAGCCCUGCUGUGAGCUGCACCAUCUUGCCCGGGGGAAUUUCUGUAUCCAGUGCUAUUGUUACACAGACAAGCAACAAAGAGUUUGUCAUUGUCGGGGGCUACAUGGCUGACAACCAGAAAAGGAUGGUUUGCAAUACAGUCACUGUAGAAGACAACAAAAUAGAGAUUGAGGAAAGGGAAGCCCCAGAUUGGACACCAGAUAUUAAGCACUGCAAGAUAUGGUUUGGUAGUAAUAUGGGUAAUGGGGCUAUCUUGCUGGGCAUACCAGGGGACAACAGGCAGCUGAUUUCAGAUGCAAACUACUUUUACAUUUUGAGAUGUAAAGCAGAAGGUGAGGAAGAAGAAGAACAGGCGGCACAAACUUUUAGCCAGACAUCUACAGAAGACCCAGGGGACUCCACUCCAUUUGAAGAUUCAGAAGAGUUCUGUUUUAGCACUGAAGCCAACAGGUUUGAUGAUGAUGAUAUUGACACCUACAAUGAGGAUGAUGAAGAUGAUGAAUCAGAAACAGGCUACUGGAUAAACUGCUCUGCCAAAUGUGAUAUAGACAUUAACACCUGGGUGCCAUUCUAUUCAACUGAACUGAACAAACCAGCUAUGAUCCUCUGUUCCAAUGGAGAUGGCCACUGGGUCCAUGCUCAGUGUAUGGACCUGUCUGAAGACAUGCUUUUACACCUUUCAGAAGCUAAUGUCAAGUACUUCUGCAAUGAGCAUGUGGAUUUUGCUAAGGGGCUGCAAACCCCUAAGAAGGUGCUGCCUUUGAAAAAACAACCCAUGAAGCCAUUACGGAGAAAAACAACCAUGAGGAUAACGGCACCAGUGAAAAAAUCCUUUCUUCGGCGGUUAUUUGAAUAGAUUUGCACCAAUGAUUAAUGUUUUGUUCAGAUGAAAUAAGGUCACAGGCCAAAGAUAGUCAAUGAUGGUUGCAAGUAUAUUGGAUAUUAGAGAUCCUAGUAGUGUGCUCUUUAUUAUUAUUUUUAAUUGUAAUUAUUAGACAAUUUUAAUCUAAUUUAAAAGCUCAAGCUAAUAUAUAUUAUAGUAGCAUCCAGGGGUUACAAUCAGAAUUAAAGCUCAAUUGUGCAGGAGCUAUAAAAAAACACAAAAGGCCAGAUUCUGAAAGUCUUGCUCAAUUUACAUAACCUUAGUCCACAAUAACCCACUGACUUUAAUAGAAUUUAAUAGAAUGAAGAGUAAGGCCCUAUCUGGUGUGAAGAAUAGAGUUAGAAUCUGGAACAUGAUGUCACACAUUUUGUUUUGGUAUCUCAGUCAGUAGAACUAGAAACACAGGGCAUAAAUUCCUGGCUUCAUUAAUCUAGUUUUAUGCUAGUCUAUUGAACUACAAUCAAAUAAAUUAUGCUGGCAUUAAACUGAAAUGAUGCAGUGGUGGCUCAGGUCUGUUGUAUCUAAUUUGGGAAUCCUUCAUUUUAGGGUGCUUAAUUUUGGUACCUGAUCUUUGAUUUUCAGAGGUGAUCAGCAGCUGAAGUUAGCUUGUGGGAGGUCUGCUUGUCCAAAAAUCAGACUACCUAUUUUAUUUCCUUUUCAAAGAUGGUAUUCAUGGCUAACACAUUAGUGAUUUCAAGUAGCUCAAUAUGUAACUUGUUUGUGUCUGUUAAAGCAUAUACUGAAUUAAUAAAGCAAUAAUAAAAAGAGCUUUCUAUGUUUUUCCA